UGACAUCCCUGCUGCUGCUUGUACUUUGACACAUGCUGCAGGAGUAAGGCAGCCCUGUGUUUAAUUGUGGUGUGGGCUUGGUUGAGUUAUUUGUCAGACUCAUCUCCACACUGUCACUGAGACAUCAUGGCGCAGGGAGGGAACCUGUCCGUGGUGCUGCACUCGAAAGGAGACCUGAGACUGGAAAACCGGCCUGUCCCAGAACCAGGACCUAAAGAGGUUUUGCUUCAGAUGCACUCAGUGGGAAUCUGUGGAUCUGAUGUCCACUACUGGCAGCACGGACGCAUUGGGGACUUUGUGCUUACUAAACCGAUGGUGCUGGGCCACGAGGCAGCAGGGCGGGUGGUGAAGGUUGGAGCUGAAGUCGAGCACCUUAAAGCAGGUGACAGAGUUGCCAUCGAGCCUGGUGUUCCCCGUGAUAUGGACGAGUUCUUCAAAAACGGACGAUACAACUUGUCUCCAACCAUCUUCUUCUGUGCCACGCCCCCUGAUGAUGGAAACCUGUGCAGAUAUUACACCCACAGUGCCAACUUCUGUUACAAGUUGCCUGACAAUGUGACAUUUGAGGAGGGCGCUCUAAUUGAACCUCUGUCCGUGGGGAUCCACGCCUGUCGCAGAGCAGGUGUGACCCUCGGCAGCAGCGUGCUCAUUUGUGGUGCAGGACCGAUCGGGUUGGUGUGUUUGGUUGUGGCCAAAGCGAUGGGUGCCUCACAAGUUGUCAUCACUGACCUAUCCUCAGAGCGUUUGGCGAUGGCUAAAGAGUUGGGAGCCGACUUCCAGCUGACGGUGGCCAGAGAAAACACACCUCAGCAGCUGGCUGAGAGAGUAACAGAGAUGCUGGGAGCUCAGCCUCACAUCACUAUUGAAUGCACCGGAGUGGAGAGCUGCAUUCAGACCGCCAUCUAUGCGACUCGUUCAGGAGGGGUGGUGGUGCUGGUGGGUAUGGGCUCUGAGAUGGCCUCUGUUCCUCUGAUUAACGCUGCUGUCAGAGAAGUGGACAUCAGAGGAGUCUUUCGAUACUGCAACACUUGGCCGAUGGCCAUAGCCAUGUUGGCUUCAGGUAAAGUGAAUGUGAAGCCCCUCGUGACACACCGCUUCCCUCUGGAGCAGGCGGUCCAGGCAUUUGAGACCACGCGCCAGGGUCUCGGGGUAAAGGUUAUGUUAAAGUGUGACCAGAAUGACCAGAAACCCUGAUCGACCCCGCUGCAGUGAGGGACAGGACUUUGACCCAGAUGAAGAUAACAGAGCUUAAAGGGGCUCACUAACAUCAACACUGUGACAGAGUGCUCUGCCUGCAGGUCACUCAAAUGGUACAAUUAAUUAUUUAAUGAUGCUCAACUUUGUUUGAUAAUCAACAAUUAAGUUUUUAUCAGAUUUUAUAUCAUUUAAUCAUACUAAAUUAUUUAUAAUUUUACACACAGGCACUGUAGAAAAAAAAAUCUUUAUAGUAUAAAAUUUAAAUAAAAUGUUGUUCAUUCAUUCUUUAUGUACUUUUUCACAGAACUUGCAUGACAUACAUUCAGCCACUAGAGGGCGCUAGAGUGUCAUAAUAAAAAAGUUUAGCAGGGUUUCUACAGUGGACAUGGUGUGGUAGCAAAAUGUGGAUCAUAUAUGGAUCUUAAAAGAAAGGUAUUUUUGCAGUUAUCAUACAAGAAUUUAUCAUUUAAUUCAAGAUAUUAAAAGAAAUAUCAAACUCAAACACUUAA